AUGAACAAUUUGCUUGGUAAUAUCCCGGCAUGGGCGACGGAGGACUCUGAUAGUGACAGCUCUCAAGGCGAAGUUGUUGGCGAUGUUGAAAAGGGAAAGCCAAAGACACCAACAUUAAUGGAGCACUUCUUUCGAGAGGUCGACAACAUCAAGGCAGACAUUGAUGCAGUAACAAGCGCAACGAAGCAAAUCAACAAAAUCAACGAACAAUCAAUGCAAGCCACAACGUCAAAAGAGGAAAGCAAGUUGUCCAAGAAACUGAAACCUCUCAUCGACGCCACAAAUGGUAGAGCCAAACGGACAAAAACUCUGUUAGGUUUGCUGAAGGAGGAGACCGAUCAGCUGGAGAGUGAAAAUAAGCUUAGUGAUCCGGAUCUUCGGGUUCGAAAGAACAUGAAUACCACGCUCACAAGGAAAUUUGUAGAUGAAAUGAAAGCGUAUCAGCAAGCGCAACAAAAUUAUAAAACUGACAUCAAGAAGAAAGUAAAGCGUCAGGUACAAGUGGUCAAGCCAGAUGCAACUGAUGAUGACGUCGAGCGAGUGUUGAGGAGUGAAGGUGGACGAGAUGCCUUGUAUAAAGAAAAGAUUCUUGCGGGUGGUGUUAACGACCAAAUAAAGAGCACGUAUGCAAAAGUUGCGGGAAAAUAUCAGGAUGUCUUGACACUUGAACAGUCCGUGGCCGAGCUUCACCAGAUGUUCCUAGAUUUUGCCUUGUUGACGGAACAACAAGGGGAAUUGUUGGAUCAGAUUGAGUUCCAAGUAAAGCAAGCCAAUGACUACGUUGAAGAGGGCAAUGAAGAAGUUGUUCAUGCGCUCGUAUAUCAAAAGGCUAUUAGAAAGAAGCAAUGUAUGAUUAUCGCAGCUGCAGUUGUAGCUGUGAUUGUACUGCUGUUCGUUACUGGUAUCCUUCCCUAA